GACCUUACGACCUCCACAUAUAUUCUCACGUCUCUUGGUAUUCCACCAACAAAACGACUUGUACAACUAACCUCGAAAAUAUCAAUCAAUCAUGCGUCUCACGGCCGACUUAAUCCAAUCCUCCCUUUCCUAUCUCAAUCCGCUCAAGGAACGCGAAUUAGAUCUCCGAGGUCAUAAGAUUCCGGCGGUGGAAAAUUUGGGGGUUGCGGGGCCACACGACGCAAUCGAUUUCACAGACAAUGAUAUCCAACUACUCAGCAACUUCCCACUCAGCCCUCGUCUAAGGACGCUUCUCCUAGCUCGCAAUCGCGUCUCGAGUAUCUCACCUACGUUGGCGAAUUCAUUACCAAACUUGACCACGUUGGUUUUGACGAGUAAUAAUGUAGCUGAGUUGGCGGACUUGGAUGGAUUGGCUGGGUGUGCGAGAUUGACGAGUUUGGUUUUGAUGGAGAAUCCGGUGACUAGGAAGGAGCAUUACAGAGAAUGGAUUCUCUUCCGAUGUCCCAAUGUACGAUUUCUGGAUUACAAGAAAGUUAAAGCUGUAGAGAGAGAAAGAGCUCGAGAGUUAUUCGGUACAUUUGCAGAACCAUCUGCUCUUGCAUCAAAGAUCAUGGGCAUUAAAUCUCACACAUUCGAUACAUCCAGCGUCACCAAUGGCGCAUCCACAUCCUCUAAUUCCAAGUCCUACCGCGUCAAGCUUACCGAUUCCGAACGAAAGAAGGUCGAGGAAUUAAUCAAGAAUGCAAAGAGUUUGCAGGAGAUUAUUAAAUUAGAGAAGGAAUUGAAUGAAGGAAGGAUUCCAGCGGCUGCGCAAGGCGAUGACCCAAUGGAAGAAUAAAGUGAGAGAAGUGAAGAGAUGAGGGGAGGGAAAUAAAAUUGCAUGUUGGUGCGAUAUGCUAUAAGGGAGGGGUUAUAAUAAAUGCGUACCUACCUAGUUAAAGCGCUUUAGGCCCAGUUCGGCUGGGACGAGAGGAUAUGAGAGGAUAUGAAUAAGAUGAUAUCAAAUCA